CCUUGACAGCUUGUCCCGGGUUAGACGCCAAGCAAUGUUUUUAACAAGUUAUUUACUAUAAAACAGUUUUUAACUGCAUAUCUACAAUGAGUUCGGUACAAGAGCGUUUACAGUUGAAACGAGUGCCUUUGGAUACGUGGAAUGUAAGGGAACAGCUAUGCCUCGCUUCAGCAGUCGUAAGAAGCGGCGACCAAAACUGGAUGUCCGUAUCUCGUGCUUUAAAAACAGUCGGUGAACCGAAUAGACCCCCGGAUUGGUACUCGCAAAAAAGCUGUGCAGCACAAUAUGGAGCUCUACUAGAGAAUGUGGAGACACCCAAACGCAAGAAACGGAACUCGGAAGGCGGAGUGGAAACGCCGCAGGAGAGCAUCCUCAAACAACUGACGCAGCAAAGAAUUAUAGAAAUACAAAACACGCUGAGUGAAAUGAACAGCCAGUACGAACAGCUGACGAAUGAAAUAGCUGAGGCGCGGGCCUCGACGACAUCAGAGGAGCGCCUCCAGGAGCUGUGGGCUGGCAUCGAAGCGGAGAAGCGAGCGAGGGAGCGAGAGAGCGCGCGCCGGGCCGCCUGGCUGAGGGAGCGGGACGAGAGGAGGGCGCGCGCGGAGAGGGGCUGGCGACCGCCGCACUCGCCGCACUCGCCGCACGCGGGCCCCGCCGCGCCCACCACACGGCGCGCGGAGAGGGGCUGGCGACCGCCGCACUCGCCGCACUCGCCCCACGCGGGCCCCGCCGCGCCCACCACAGGGCGCGCGGAGAGGGGCUGGCGACCGCCGCACUCGCCGCACUCGCCCCACGCGGGCCCCGCCGCGCCCACCACAGGGCGCGCGGAGAGGGGCUGGCGACCGCCGCACUCGCCGCACUCGCCCCACGCGGGCCCCGCCGCGCCCACCACACCCACAUCAGCGCCGCCAUCAUCGCCGUUGCUGACGUCACUGCUAAAGUCAUCACCGGUGGUCACCACUCCCCAACACAUACCACACCCGGCUACUCUUGUUGACGCCGUGUCCCCAUCAGCGGGUGCGCCGACUCUGUCCCUGCUGUUGGAGGCGGCGGACAGCAAGCACGCAGCCAUCGAGCACAUCAAGAGCCAGCUGGUGCAGAUCGAGCACCAGCUUAAAGCUAGCAACCAGACUCCGGUGGUGCCACCGGUGGUACCACCAGCGCCCGCGGUCGACAUCGAUGACAUCGAGAUCAAGGCGGAGGAUGUCUACGCGUUCCGGGAUAUAGACAUACACAUACCACCCGUCGGUACCUUGCAUAAGGGAAGCGUUAGAGUAUCAGAAAAACCGAUACCCAAAAAGGAAAUCGAAGCCACAGAACCGGAAGUCGUCGAAGAAGAAGGGCCCAUAAGCAACGUUAAGGAAGAAGCGGCGUCGGACGAAAUAGGUGCAGAGGAUGAUUUGACAACGAAUGAAGUGGAAACGGUUGAAAUGCAAGAAGCGCCGCAGGAGACUCGAGAAGAUGAAAAUAUACCGGAACCGAAGACGCCGGAAGUCAAAAUAUCGUUCCCGGAAGUCAAGUUCCCGACGCCGGAAAUAAAGGUUAUACAGUCCGACGAGCGAAAGAUAAAAGAAGAAAUAAAGGAGACAGAAGCGCCUCCGCCAGAAGAGAAGAUCGUAGAAGAGCCAGAAGUAUCGCCCAAACCGGAAGAGAAUGUUGUUGAGGAAAUAAAACCAGUAGAAGAACAACCAGAAGUUAUAGAAGCGGUAGAAGAAAAAGAAGCACCAGAAGCACAAGCUCAGGAACAGGAAGUAACCGAUCCGCAGGAUAUACCGCUACCGGCGGAAGUUCCCGAGAUAAAGGAGGAGAUGAAUGAAGAAGAAACAGUCCAGCCGGAACCACAACCUGAACCAGUCAAAGAACCCGAAGACGUUGCAGAAGAAAAAAUAGAAGAACCGGCGCCGGAAGAACAGAGCAGCGAGAAGCCGGUAGAAGCGCCAGAAGAUACAGAAGAGAAGUUGAUAGAAGACAUCAAGAAGGAGGACGCUGAGGAUUCAAUUCCUCUUAAAGAGAUGAUAAAAGAAGAAUUAUCGCAAGAGGAGGUCAAGAGAGAGGGAGUGGAGGAAGACACACACACGGAAACCGAUGACGACACUCCUAUGGAGUUGAGUCGAGAAGAAGAAAAAGACGGAAAGAAGAAAAGGGACUACUCGCGGAAGAAGAAAUCGGACUCGAGAACCUGUUCGGGGUCAGAAAGUGCGCCUGAGUCGCCCAGCGCCAGUGACGCCGAGCGACAGCACAGGCUGUGGAAGAAAAGCGUUAUGUUGGUUUACAGCAGGCUUUGCGCGCACAAGUACGCCUCCUUAUUCCUUCGUCCGAUAACUGACGAAGAGGCGCCAGGGUACAGCGUGGUAGUAAAGAGACCUAUGGAUCUGUCGACAGUCAGGAAAAACAUAGACGCUGGCAACAUCAGAACAACAGCUGAGUUCCAGCGUGAUGUACUUCUGAUGCUGUCGAAUGCUUUGAUGUACAACAGCAGUUCACACAGCGUGUACGCUAUGGCGAAGGAGAUGCACGAAGAGGCGACGUGUCAGCUGAGCAUGUUGCUGGCUGCGCAGGCGCACGCGGGCCUCGUGGCGCUCCCCCGCCGCAAGAGGCGCCACGACCCCCCCGCCACCGCGCACAAGCACUCGCGUCUGUAACCCCUCCGACACGACGUGACCCACCUGUCGUCGCGACCCGACUGUCACGCCACGGCCCACUCGUCGCCCCGCGACCCCCCGACGUGACGUGACCCACUCGUUGCUAUUUGGUGACCGCGCCGUAAAUGUAUUAAAUAAACGAGUUAUUGACAA